AUGGGAAGUUACUUGUCUGCCCCAGCUUACUUCGCUCCCAAGGAUCCCGUUCGGUGCUCUGAAUGUCAGGAUCCCCUCACUAACUGGUACUAUGAGAAAGAUGGCAAGCUGUACUGUCACAAAGACUACUGGGGGAAGUUUGGGGAAUCCUGCCAUGGCUGCUCUCUGCUGAUGACUGGACCUGUGAUGGUGGCUGGCGAAUACAAGUAUCACCCCGAGUGCUUUGCUUGUAUGAGCUGCAAAGUGAUCAUUGAAGACGGGGACACUUACGCACUUGUGCAACAUUCCACUCUCUACUGUGGAAAAUGCCACAACCAGAUUGUGCUGACACCGAUGAUAGAAAAACACUCCACUGAAUCUCUGCGUGAGCAGCUGCCCUAUACACUGACCCUCAUCUCCAUGCCGGCAGCUACUGAUGGCAAGAGGGGGUUCUCCGUCUCUGUUGAAGGUGGCUGCUCCAGCUAUGCCACUGGUGUCCAGGUGAAAGAAGUUAACAGGAUGCACAUCAGCCCAGAUGUCCGAAACGCCAUCCACCCUGCAGAUCGUAUCCUGGAGAUUAAUGGAGCUCCUAUUCGUACGUUACAGGUGGAGGAGGUGGAGGAAUUGAUUCGCAAGACAAGCCAGACGCUUCAGCUGCUGAUAGAGCACGACCCUGUCUCACAGCGCUUAGACAGGCUUCGUUUGGACUCCCGUCUUCCCACCCACAUAAAGCCACCCAUUUCCCCACGCUCCCUCUCUCCACUGGACAGCAAGGAGAAUCUGGAAGGAACGCUCCGACGGCGGUCCCUCAGGCGAAGUAACAGCAUUUCAAAGUCUCCCGGCCCCAGUUCUCCAAAGGAACCGCUCCUUCUGAGCCGUGACAUCAGUCGUUCUGAAUCCCUACGUUCCUCUUCUAGCUGCUCCCAGCAAAUCUUCCGGCCCUGUGACCUGACUCAUGGCGAAAUACUAGGAAAAGGAUUUUUUGGACAAGCAAUCAAGGUGACUCACAAAGCAACAGGAAAGGUGAUGGUGAUGAAGGAGCUGAUUCGCUGUGAUGAGGAAACACAGAAGACUUUCUUGACAGAGGUGAAAGUGAUGCGCAGCCUGGAUCACCCCAACGUGCUGAAGUUCAUCGGCGUACUGUACAAGGACAAGAAGCUGAAUCUCCUCACUGAGUACAUUGAGGGGGGCACCCUGAAGGACUUCCUCCGCAAUGCGGACCCGUUUCCCUGGCAGCAGAAGGUCAGCUUUGCCAAAGGAAUUGCCUCUGGAAUGGCUUACUUGCACUCCAUGUGCAUCAUCCACAGAGACCUGAAUUCACACAAUUGCCUAAUCAAGCUGGAUAAGACGGUGGUGGUGGCUGACUUCGGUCUGUCUCGGCUGAUUGUGGAGGAAAGAAAAAAGACCACUUUGGAGAAGCCAUCUGCCAAGAAACGAACCCUACGCAACAGUGACAGGAAGAAGCGCUACACGGUGGUUGGCAACCCAUACUGGAUGGCCCCAGAGAUGCUCAAUGGUAAGAGCUACGAUGAGACAGUGGACAUCUUUUCAUUUGGGAUUGUUCUCUGUGAGAUCAUCGGCCAGGUUUAUGCUGACCCGGACUGUCUCCCACGCACACUGGAUUUUGGCCUUAAUGUCAAGCUGUUCUGGGAGAAGUUUGUUCCUGCUGACUGUCCUCCAGCCUUUUUCCCUCUUGCUGCCAUUUGCUGCAGACUGGAACCAGAGAGCAGGCCUCCAUUUUCCAAGCUGGAAGACUGCUUUGAAGCACUCUCUCUCUACCUGGGAGAACUUGCCAUCCCCCUCCCGUCUGAGCUGGAGGAGCUGGACCACGACGUGAGUGUGCAGUACGGACUGAACCGUGACAAGCUACCUGAAAACACAACCUAGUCAGCUUGUCCUGCUGCCUGCACCACUUGGGUUGGAGUUGAGCUGAGUGACGGGGAGGGAGAUGCACUUCAGCCACUUCCAGGGCAUUAACGGGGCACCACGCUGUGCGUUUGCUGCAUUGCCUCUCUCUCCCCACCCAACACCCCUCCUCUUGGACAUCCUGAUUCACUGUGGAUUUCUGGCAUGUUUCAGAAGCAAAAAGGGCUGUUUCCUGCCAACUGCACCUAGGAAAGCUGCUCAACACUAUUUUUCUGGCUUGAGAAAUGUUUCUCUGGCCUUUUCAGGCUUCUUUACUGUGGUGCCUUAGAACUUGGCUGCAAGCUGUGAAGCCACCCUGGCCUGUCUGCCGGGGAGGGAAUUACUACAGGAGACUCUCCUGGGCAAGGACCAGCACUUCUGGAACUGCUUCUCCCGCUGACUGCCCUGCUCAGAAAGCUGGGGUAACUGGACA